AUGGAGGAGCCGAGGGAGGCUGAUACUGCAAACGACAUCAUUACUCGAGCACUCGAGUGUAUGACCUUUCAAGGCCAGUCUGCUAAGGCCCAAGUCAACCAAGAACAAGACCAAGGAAUCACAAGAGUCAUCUCGACAGACUUAUCAAGGGAGGCAAGCAGAUUAUCAUCAUCAUCAUCAUCAUCACUACUCGCCACCCGAUCGUUUCCCCAGUUCGUCAACCUGCCCUACGAGAUCCGGGCAGCAAUCUGGGAACAAUGCAUCCCGCGCCGUAUCAUAGAACCCUGGCACGACCUGGGCCCAGGAGACAAUCCAUUCCCUCGCGGCUACCCGGUCAUCGCGCAGGUGUGUCGCGAGGCUCACGAGGUGGUGAGUCUCCACGGCGCCUGGAUCGGCGCCACUCGCUUUGACCGGCGCAAAUGGUACCUCGACAGAUCGUGGCGGCAGAGGUCGCCGGUGUGGCACAACAAGAAGACGGACCUGGUGCGUCUGGGCAUGUGCAUUACCUUUGGCCUCCUUGACUUUGACCACGACGACAGCCGGUCUUCUCUUUUCUCUGCUUCCUCUUCUUCUUUUGGGGCCGGUGGUGGGAACGAGAUCAUCGCCAUGGCACGGGCGGAUCCAGAUGUGCCUCUCCUCGUCUCGGCCAACAUCAUCUCCAACCUCACACGCACGCGCGUGGUGUCUCCUCGUGGGCAGCGAGAACGGCCAAUCGCAAGGCUCAUCUAUGAGGACUUUCUCAGGCGGAGGGAGCACGUCUUUAUCGAGGUGGGCAGCUUUACGGUGACGGAUCGUGACGCUGUCUCUCUGGACCGCCUGAUGCGCUCGGGCAUGUUUGGCCUCGAGCUCCAGUCGCAGCAGCAGGGAGGACGUGCGGUAGCGGUAUCUUGUCAACAGCCUGCAGGGACGCAGCAGUACACAGAGAACGACGACGACGACCACCACCACCACCACCACCACCACCACCACCACCAAUGUAGGCCUGCAAAAAUUACGACUACUCCUCGCCCUCCUCGCCCUCAGCCCUCGCGCUACUACGAGGCUGAACCUGCGAUCGUCGACAUCAAGGACACAACGACCCUCUUUAGAUACGCUCGAGCUGCCGUCCCAGACCAGGACUCCCUGGCGCGUCUCAGGGACAUGGACGAGCGGUUCGGCAGCGGGCAGCUGGACGGCGAGGCCGCCUUUGACGCGUGCUGGCGGGUCCUGAGGAGUGUGCCCUGCGGCGGUGUCGCCUCUACAAUCACGUCCCCGGUCGACUUCCUCAUGGUGCUUGUGGAUGUCUUGUGCAACGCGGCUGGGCACGAGGUGGACUGGGAGGAGGACUGCCCUGUGCUGGACGAGGAGGGUCGGCUGAACGAGGAGCAUGAUCUGGUUCGGCUGAUGGGGCUGUCGCUGCCCAGGUUCACCCCGGUGGUCUCGUUUGAGGUGGAUCAGCGGUGCUUUGGUUAA